UUGCUGUGCCGUGGAGGAAGGGAGCGCCUGGGUGCUGGGAUUGGAAGGAGGGCCUGCUGGGUUACAGAGGUUGGGUCAGGAGCCUCAAAGGAUAUAGAGUGGUCCUUUAUUCCACUACGAAGUAGACAGCAGGAGAUAGUGGGAUUCAGGCUGAAACCCAGACUGGGGUCAGCUCUGCCAGGGAUCAGCGCAGAUAAGAGGGCAGCCGGGGGGACAGGCAGGAGCAGCCCAUUUCAGGAACGAUGGCCAGUGAGUCGGGCCCUCAGCCUAGAUUGGCUAUGGAGAUCAUGGGCCGGUUCUAUGGUAGUUAACCACCCUAUUGAGCACAUCCUCCACUGUAGCAGCCUGAGCCGGUGUGAAGGCCCAGGAGCAGGGUCCUCUGUUUACAAAGGAGACUGACCUACUUCCCUGGCUGGGGAAGGGCGAUGCCAAGGCUGAGAGAUAGAGUGCAUUUCUCCAAGGCUGAGAGGAGGUGCCCAGGAUGGCCAGCCAGUGAGAGCUGGUGAGCCAGUCAGCCAUUUGGCAGGAGAAACAUCCACUGGACAGCUGGGAGCUCCACUGGGCAGUCAGAUAUUGAGAUUGUCAGCUGGAAAUAAUCGAUGUCUUCCAGACAAUCUAAGAGCCAGCCAGAGAGUCAGACGUGCUGUUGGCCAGGGGCAAACAGGCAACCCAGUAUCCCUUUAACUAGGGACAUUCCAGAGGUUACAAAUAGGCAGAUAGCCUGUUUCCUGGAGAUGGUCAGGCAGUUAGCUGGAACUUCUGAAGGAUCCUGAGAUAGCUGAAGGGUCAGUUGCAUCGUGUGGCCAGCAGGCUGGAGGUUGUGUACUGGAGCAGAGAUGGACAGCUGACAGGUCACAAAGUUUGGAGAGUGUCAGGUGGUCUAACCCACACACAGGGCCAGUUGUGGGGUCAACCAGACAGAGACAGCUGGUGGGAAGGUCAGAUGGCCAACCAGUCACGGUGGUGGCUGGAGGCUGGCGGGAGGUUGGUCUGAGCAGCCCCCACAUUGGAUGGUCAGUCGUUUGGUCAGCCUGGUUGUCAGGACGGUGAGCCAGGGACAGCAUAGGGAGCCAUUUGGACUUUUCUCAGGGCCCUGGAAGUCUUGUGUGGCUACUUAGUAUUGGCCUGUCAGGAGACCCCCCCCAGAUGGUCAGUGCCCCAGAGACGGCCAAACCCUUAGACGCCCAGCCUUAAGGUCCUCCCACUUGAGUGGCCUAAUGGCGGCCUCCCAGCUGGCAGCACUGGAAGAAGUGGAGUCAGGGGCUGGGGAGCUGCCCCUGACCGAGACCAGCCCUUGCUUCCUGUAUUCUGAGGGCCAGCGGUUGGCACUUGAGGCUCUGCUGAGCAGGGGCACAGAGGCGUUUGAGGCCUGCAGGCAGCGCGAAGGGCUGCAGCCCUUCCUGAGUGGGGAUGAGCUCCGGGGCCUGGCAGCGGCUGCCGAGGACUGGACAGCAGCCAAGCAAGAGCCCGGCAGGACAGCAGAGGGAGCCACUGCCACCAAUGGGGACUCUGGCAGCCUGACCUACUGGCCUGGCCAGUCAGAGGAGCCAGUGCCCAUGCUUCGGCUGGGCUGGCCAGAAGACUCGGGCUGGAAGGGUAUCACCCGGGCGCAGCUAUACACCCAGCCACCUGGCGAGGGCCACCCGCCCCUCAAGGAACUGGUGCGCCAGGAAAUCCAGGCUGCCGGCAAGUUGGUAGCUGUUGUCAUGGACAUCUUCACUGACCCAGACCUGCUUUUGGACCUGGUGGACGCUGCCACACGCCGCUGGGUGCCUGUCUACCUGCUCCUGGACCGCCAGCAGCUGCCUGCCUUCCUGACGCUGGCUCAGCAGCUAGGGGUGAACCCCUGGGCCACUGAGAACCUGGACAUCCGUGUUGUGCGGGGCUGCAGUUUCCAGAGCCGCGGGGGACGGCAGGUGAACGGCAGCGUGCGGGAAAAGUUUGUGCUGCUGGAUGGGGAGAGGGUCAUCUCAGGAUCCUACAGCUUCACAUGGAGCGACUCACGCCUGCACCGCGGCCUGGUGACCCUGCUGACCGGUGAGAUUGCUGUCGCCUUCAGCCGCGAGUUCCGGACACUCUACGCGGCCUCCUGGCCACUCCCACCUGCACCCACCCAGAGCCCCUUCAUCAGCACCCUGGGGGGGCUGCAGCUGGCUCGUGGCCCACACCAUGUGGCCCACCGCCGCUCUGUGGCCCCCAUGUCACCGCCACUGCCCGAUGUGUCACCAUUGGCUCAACGCCUGGCCGCCUGCCGAGUCUUCCAGGGGGACACAGAGGAGACCUCGGCUAUCCCAGGGCCUGCGCUUAGCGAUAUCCUGAGGAGCGUCCAGCACGCGCGUACCCCCAGCGGCCCUCCGGCCCGGCCCAGCCGCUCUUUAUGGGACCUGAGCCGCCUGUCCCAGCUGUCGGGCUCCAGUGAUGGUGACAAUGAGCUCAAGAAGUCCUGGGGCUCCAAGGACACCCCAGCCAAGGCCCUGAUGAGGCAGCGGGGUGCUGGGGGGGCCCCCAGGGGUGAGGCCGGGUUCCAGCCCUGGGGUGGCCCCUUGCCCCUCAUCUCUACCCGCCAUUUCCACUAUAUGUCCCCCAACCGAAGGAGGUUUGGUGAGAAUGCUGCGUCCAAACCCUUGGAACCUAGGGGCAGCCGGCAACCGGACUGGGCCACUCAGGCAGGACUCAGGGGGCGACCCUGACAGGAGCCAGAGCCAAACUGGGCUGGCCCAUCUGUCUGUCCGAGGAGAGUUGGAGUUGAGUUCGGUCAGCUUGAAGCUCUCGCGUCUCUCUUGCACCUCUGGCCUCAGUGACUGGGAAGCAGAAGGGAUUUUCCCCCCCACUUAUUCUAGAACUUGGGCAAAGCCCAUGCCCACUCUAAACCUCAAUGCCACAGUCUAGAAAAUGGGUAGAAUGUCUGGAUGAGCUGGGGUCCUGGAACAGUGCAUAUCUGGUUCCGGCUGCAUCAGAACCUCUCUGAGAGGAGGCCUGGCUGAGUGGUCCUCAUGCUGGGCUGUGUGCGGUGAACGUGGGGAAUCCUUGGGACAGAAGGGGCGCUUCCUGACCCACCUGCUGAGGAGUGCGGGUAAAUAGAGCUUGGGUACUGAGCUUGGCCAAGGGGAGGAAGGAAAGAGAGACGCUAAUCUGGGGAGCAGAGCUGAAUCAUGAGGAACUGGAGAUCCGUGGGGCCACACCUGCUGGGGAAUGACUCAGAGCCAUGGAGGGGGACCCAGCAGGUGCUGGAACUGUUUUGUGGGUGCGAAGGGGUGAGUUGUUGGGGCUCCCUUUUACCUCUACUCAGAAUAAAGCCACUUCAUGCCAGAAACUUGCAUUUCCACAGCCGAGAGGGAGACCCAGG